UGUAAAAAGGUAUGAUUUGAAACGAAAUCAUUGGGUAGAUUUCUCCUAUUGUGGAAAGAACAAGUUUUCUAUCAGGAUAUUUGAUAGAAUGAUGAAUCAAAUAAGCUAUGGUGCUGGCCCUUCUGUAAGGCAACCUGAUGUUGGGAGUUCAGGUAAGAAUGGUGAAGAGGUGGUUGUUUCUGAUGUUGGUGAUAAGGAUGAAGUUGGUGGGGAAGUUCCAGUGGCUGAUGUCGGUGGUAAGGUUGAAGUUGGUGGGGAAGUUGCAGUUCCAGUGGCUGAUAUUGGUGAUAAGGAUGAAGAUGGUGUGGAAGUUCCAGUUCCAGUGGCUGAUGUUGGUGGGGAGAUUCCAGUAGCUGAUGUUGGUGGGCAGUUUAUGGAUGUGGAUAACAUUGAAGAGAAUGAUGUAAUUAUGAUAUCAAGUGAUGAUGAGGAGGAUGAUGGAAUUGUGCAAUUAAGUGAUGAGGAGGAGGAUGAUGGAAUUAUGCAAUUGAGUGAUGGUGAGGAGGAUGAUGGUGUGGAGAGGGUUAUUCAUAAUUUUGAUAAGGUCAUUAGCAGCUCUGAUUCUGGUGGAGGCCAGACAAUGGCAUUGCCUAAGUUGUAUGUGGUGAAUCAUAUUAGGGCAAACUGGGAGAAUAUCGUUCUACAAACCCCUAGGGGUAGAACUUAUAGUUGUCUGCUGAAAAGAAGGAAUCCAAGGAAGAUUGAUACUCCAAUCCACAUUGCAAAGGAUUGGUAUCAAUAUGUGAAGGAUCAUGAGUUGAAGUAUAGGGAUGUUGUGCACUUUAGGCCAGUUAGCACUCACAACAAUUUGGUUAAUGUUAGCAUUACCCGUGGGCAGCCGUAGUGAGUUUCAUGUUUUGUUGAUUUCCUAUUAAUGUUUUCAGUUUGGACCUUGUAUGUUUUGCCUUUGUUUUGUGCAACUUUUGGACUGGCUUGAUGCCCCUGGCUUG